CAACUCAUCUUCUGUUAUGAUGGCAACCAGCGGCCAGAGGUCAAAAGAGGGCUCUGUGUGUCUACAAGAGACCAUUGGAUGGUCAAGCCCACACAAUGUAUCCUGGAUGCCUUCAACACACAAUGGAUCACUGCUGCAGGGGAAGCUAAAGUGCAGCUAGCCUUGAUGAAUGAUGCAGGGAUUGUCGAUGCUGUCAUGACUGAUGACAGUGAUGUCUUUGUCUUUGGAACUAAGACAGUCCUUUGA